GCUGUCAGGCUUUUGUGGGACGCGCUUUGUUGCGUGCGCAGCUUUGUUUGAAGGAUCUGCCGCAGCCUGUCAGAUCAAAAAGCACCUACGAUCGCUCCUCAUUCGCCUCCUCCAUGCGGGGGUCCGAGUGAUGUUUAUAGACUUGUAUUUCAGGGUUGAUGUCUGUCGAGGUGACGCCGCUCCAGAGAUGUCCCUGUCGCUGCCGGUGUCACCCGGGGGCGACUGUAGCUCCGGCUGUACCGCCGCUGGUUUUGUGUCCGUCUCGUUUGAGCUGCUUCCUGAUAAUUGAGCUCCCUGAUAAUUGGCACCCCCGGAGCCUUCGCCCCGUUCCCGUGAAGCUCUGAGCCCGGAGGAUCCUCUUUUAGGGCUGAUUCUCUUUAAAAAACCAUGUUUGGCAGUGAUCUGGAAGGAAAUGCAAGUUAAUGGAUGGAGGAAGGCACAACAACGUAGGGCAUGAUAAAUAAUGAAGAAUAAUGAAGGUCCUGGGCACGGAGUGACCUCGAUUGCUUGGCUGCGCUUUGCCAGCGAUGAUUGUUGCGCUUUGCAGCUAAAAAAAAACCCCAAAAAACCCAAAAAUGGAGCCGAGAAGAUGAGGAGUUCUCGCUGGGGAGCUUAGCUUUGAAAAAAUGCAAAUACACUGUGAAUUUUGUUAUUGCUUUGAAUAUCGUGUGCGAUUCGGUGCCAGCCCCCCCUUGUCUCAGAAGAGGCGCCGAGCGGCUUCUAUGAGACAGGGGGUGAAGUAGGUCGGGUCUUUUAAUCUGGAGAAGAAGGAGAAGAGGACCGAGGGGGGGGAAAGCGAUGGGUAUAAAUCAUUAAUGCUCUGCGGGCAGAGAUUUGUCGUCCACCUCCUCCCCCCUGCCCGAAUCCAGGGGGGGGUUGCUGCAAAUCAACGUGUCCAGCCGCGUCGCCUUCCAAAAAACCUGCAGCGUUUCAACCCCGGCCUUGGGAAGCGAGGGAGGGAUUGGAAAGGAAACAUCCUCCCGAUCAUUUACACAGGAACUCGGGGCGGUUAAUAAUAAUACUGCCUUUUGUUUUGGAUUCACACCUGGCGCACAGCUGUCCGCCAGAUGUUCUCCCCGCCGCGUCUUCGGCUGGAGGGCGACUGGAGAGCUUCGUUAAUCACUAAUGAAACAGCGGGGGACGCUGGCGCAGACGCUUGUGUGUUUGAGAGGAUUAAUUAGCGCUCGUGGCCGCGCUGCAGAGCGUUCUGACCCCUCGUCCUUGUCCCCGUCCCCACAGUGUCCAAGUCACCCCAUCGAGUGCAGUUGUGCCUGUGCGGGGAUGUUCGCCGUAACAAUAAUAAUUGCUAUAGCAAGAGGGAGAAGCGGGAGCUGUGAGCUGAGCGCCGUUUGUGUCUGCCUGGCAAACAGCUCAGCACACUAAUUACAGGGGGUCGGAAAUAACGAGCCCCUGGGCUCUGCUUCAGAGCUCAGCGGAAGAGAAAAAUCGCCAAGGAGCAGCGCAAAUCUCUCGUGUUAAGAUGUGUCGCUCGGCGAUGCCUCCUGGCCCGGUUCGGCCCCGGCCUUUCCGUGCGACACGUCGUCCCGAUGGGAACGACGGCCAAGGAGGAGAUGGCGCGCUUCUGGGACAAGAACACCAAGUCCAAUCGGCCCUUGUCGCCGCACGUCACCAUCUACAAGUGGUCCCUGCCCAUGGUGAUGUCCAUCACGCACCGCGGCACCGGCGUGGCGCUCAGCAUCGGGGUGUCCCUGUUCGGACUGGCUGCGCUGCUGCUCCCUGAGCAGUUUCCGCACUACCUGGCCCUGGUGAAGUCGCUCAGCCUGGGCCCCGCUCUCAUCUGUUCCGCCAAGUUCGCUCUGGCUUUCCCCUUCUCCUACCACACCUGGAACGGGAUCCGGCACCUCGCCUGGGACCUGGGGAAGGGGUUCAAGAUCACGCAGGUUGAGCAAUCCGGGGUGCUGGUCCUGAUCCUGACCCUGCUCUCCUCCGCCGGCCUCGCCGCCAUGUGAACGCGCCCUCCCGUCAACAACCUCCCAUUUUUCGGAAGAUUCGCUCCGUCCUGGCCCAAAGAUGCAUCUGCAGAGGGAGGUGGGAGAUCAGAGCUGCUUUUCAUUAACCUGGGGGACGCACCGACCCCCCGGGUACGGGGAGGACAGGCCGGGCCGUCCCCUGCUGUCCCACACAGCUGCGGGAAGCCGGGCACGACUUAAAAAUGGCUUUUAACAGCAUAUUCGGUUGCUGCCGCCUUCCUCCCGGCGAACUCCAGCGCCUUUCUUCUCUCUGCCCUGUCCCCAAGCUGGAGACAAUGCUGGAUCUGUGUCCCCGCGGGUCCGAGUGGGCUCGGGGACGCCUGGAGCCGCGUGUGUGGGCUCAGCCCAGGACAAGCGUCUCCAUUGAGCGGGGAGAGCAGGCGGCGCUGCCAACGCCGGACCGGGAGGGGAACGGGCCAUCGGUGCCGCCAGGACCCGCGCCGGCGCCGUGGGGCAGCUGGGACGGGUGUGCAGGGUUCAGUAUCCCCAGAAUCCAGCCGGUUUGGGGCCCCGGAGCCCCUGCCGGUGAAAACAUCCACUUUUCCCCCAUUAGGAAUUUUCACAUCCAAUUUUCCCCAUCUCUCCCACAACAGGGAGGGACUUUUUUUCCGAUCAUACGUCGCCACCAGCUCUUGUUUCAGCUCUUGUCGCUCCCCCACCUUGGUAAUAAAGCAGCUCGAUCCUCCACA